AUGAUUGACUACUCAGACAUUUCCGGCCAGCCUCACGGAUCCGCUCCAACACGGCCUUCAAGUAAACUACGUGCUCUGGUUUCGAAUUGCUGUACACAACGAUAUCGUCUCCGCAACGGCAAUAUGCUGGAGUCCUUUCGUUACGAAGCAGCAACCGCCGGAAUGU